CGGCUGGGUCACAGAUAUAUCGUGGUCAUCCUGGUGCGAGGAUCGUUUCGUCGACGCCACAUAGUGAAUCGGUGUAAGAGAAAAAUGUCGUUCGAGCUUCGUACGCAACCACCUGGGCCGGAAGCCAAGGCCUUGGCCGAGAAGGAGCUCAGAGAAACACCGGAGAACGUGCAGGAGGCACUCGCCGCCCUCAAGAAGUACCUGGAAGAUGACAAGACGAUCUAUUUCAAAAUAGACGACGACUUCCUAUUAAUUUUCCUUCGACCAUGCAAAUUUUACGCGAAGAGCGCGUACGAGUUGAUGAAGAGAGUCGCCGAGUUCAAAGAGAAGAACGCGUCCCUCUUCGACAACUUGAUGCCGGAGGACGAGAAGGUCGCCAUUUUGGAGAACAACGUAGUGAACGUGCUGAAAGGAACAGAUCACAAGGGUCGAAGGGUGUUGAUGGUUAAUUGCGGAAAGACCUGGGAUCCAGCCAAAGUCAGCGCCGACCAGAUACUUCGGUUGCUCUACUUAGUUCACGAACUCGCCAUGCAGGAGCCGGAAACUCAGAUAUAUGGAACCGUGGUGGUGAUGGAUUACGAAGGUUUGUCCAUGAAGCAAGUGAUGGGUCUCACGCCAUCGUUCAACAUGAAGCUGCUGACUUUCAUACAGGACGCCAUGCCUCUGCGUUUGAAAGAGGUUCACAUUGUGAAGCAACCGUUCCUCUUCAACAUGGUGUGGCAGAUGUUCAAGCCGCUCGUGAAGGAAAAGUUGAAGAGUCGCAUGUUCUUCCACGGUAGCAAAAUGUCGUCUCUUCAUCAACAUAUUCCGCCGAGUCACUUGCCCAAGAAUUAUGGCGGUAAUUUGCCAGAAAUCGAUUACACUAGCGCCAAUUGGUAUCCGACUUUGCUCCAACACGAAGACAAAAUUAAAGAAUGGAAUUCGUACGGAUUCCGCAAGAAUCAAUAAAUCAGGACAAUCCGGAACACUCAAAUUAUUCUGCAAUUGUCCCAUUGUGAUCACACGCAGCCUUGUACAAAAUACUAUUAAGUACUUCACGAAUCGUUGUAUUCUCUCCUACUCAUUCUUGUGAUUAUUUGUAAUACUUUUGUAUCAUACGUUAAUCAUUCUGUAUCUUAUAAAUGGUUUUCACAAAAAUCGUUUCGCCUCCACUUGCAUCGAUCACCUCCUCCGUGUUCACCUUUUCACGGAUAUACUAAUUUUGUGCAUUAAAAUGAUUUAGUGACCGUAAUAUCCGAGUACAUUCAAUGGCCGUUACGUGUAAAAGGGAAAAAUUAGGACAGGUAGAAUGUUCGUUGAGCAGCACUGAGCAAAUGGAACUAAAAUGCGUGAAAGUAGGGAAAUAAAUGGUAACUUCGGAUAAAUAGAAAGGAGAAAAUAUUCCAGUUUUAGAUGGAUCGUUAGAACGGUAAACGAUAAGUUAAAGCUAUUAUUCGUGUGCAGUGCAGUAAUGCGGUCCUAAUUAAUCUUUUGCCACUUAUAAUGCAUGUAAUAUUUCAGUUCGCUUUCAUGCUUAGUUCUGAAAUGUACAAAAUUUAAAUGUUACAAAUUUUCAAAACGUAAUGUAUAAAAUGCGAGGGAAAUCUAGAACACUUUGUAUAUUAAAAAAAUUGUACAUUCGAGGUGUAGAACAAUAGAAGCAGUCGUUAGUCAGUGACUUUCCUAAUCGUCAAACUUUCACGCCCUAAAAUCCAUUUCGUGGACUUUCUCUGCUUUUGUCGUAUAUGUACAUGUCGUAACCAUAAUCGUGCAUGCAUCUAAGAAAAAUACCGUGAAACGUAACUUCCGGGAAUCAUGCGAUUAUUUUGUCGAGAAUCUUUCAAUUCCAUGCAAAUUCAAAUAUCAUUACAGAAACAUUAGUCUCCGACAUUACAAAUUUAUAUUCUAUGCUAUUAUCAAUUUAAAUUUUUGCAUAUUUCACUUCAUUAAUCUACUUUUAUAUAAUCUUGUCAGGUUUCUAUCAUUUGCAUGAUUAACAAUAUUAUUUUCUUUAUAAGAUGCCUGAGGUGUGUUGAACAAGCUAAUAACUUUUAAAUCUCGAAUCAAUUAUAAUUUUAAUCUUUACAGAUUGUGAUUUAUCAGUUUCUUUUUGUAUUAUCUUGUUUAAUUAGUAGCUUUUGGGCAAUUUAUUUUUGCACAGCCUUAUUCAAUUUACAGGUUUUAG